AAAUGUACAGUGUAUCACGUUAGUCGAAUCUCACCGCGCCAGUAAAAGGUUACGUACAGCUGCAUUAUUUGGGGGAAAGGUCGCCCUAUGCUCUUUUUUUCACACUCACCGUGGACAGAUUGAGGGUGUCAUUGCAAGAAAUCGGGCAUAAACUCCUACCCUGGCAAUAGAAGAACAUUGAACCAAGAUCAUGGGGCUUCUCCGAGGUGUGUUUAUUGUAGCUGCCAAGCGCACUCCAUUUGGUACCUAUGGUGGUGUUCUGAAGGAUCAUAGUGCCACAGACUUGUGUGAGCAUGCGGCCAAAGCUGCCCUGGCUGCGGGCGGCGUGGCCCCGGAGCUUGUGAACAGUGUCAUCAUGGGAAACGUCAUGCAGAGCUCCGCUGACGCUCCGUACAUCGCUCGGCAUGUCGGCCUGAGGUGUGGCGUUCCCAUCCCUGCACCCGCCCUCACCGUGAACAGGCUGUGUGGCUCUGGCUUCCAGUCCAUCAUCAGCGGUGCUCAUGAGAUUUGUCUCGGGGAGUCAGAGGUGGUCCUGUGUGGAGGCUCAGAGAGUAUGAGCCAGGCACCAUAUGCUGUUCGCAACAUCCGCUUUGGUACAAAGUUUGGAUUCGACCUCAAGCUUGAGGACACUUUGUGGGCAGGUCUGACUGACCUGCAUGUUAAGAUCCCAAUGGGCAUCACAGCAGAGAACCUGGCAGAAAAAUACCAGAUCACACGGGAAGACUGCGACAACCAUGCAUACCAGACUCAACAAAGGUGGAAGGCAGCUCAUGAGGGCGGUCGCUACACAGCUGAAAUCGCUCCCAUCGAUGUGAAAGCUAAAAAAGGCAAAGUGUCCAUGGCUCAGGAUGAACACCCUCGGCCGCAGACCACACUGGAACAGAUGGCCAAGCUGCCUCCUGUGUUCAAGAAGGGUGGGACGGUCACAGCAGCGAACGCUUCAGGCGUCUCUGAUGGGGCUGCUGCUGUGGUGAUUGCAAGUGAAGAUGCACUGAAAGAACACAAGCUCACUCCCCUGGCCAGAGUUGUGGCCUAUCACGUCUCAGGCUGUGACCCGAGCAUUAUGGGAAUUGGUCCGGUCCCAGCUAUUACAGAAGCUCUGAAAAAAGCAGGUCUGUCUCUCAACGACAUGGAUCUUGUGGAGGUGAACGAGGCCUUUGCUCCUCAGUACCUCGCCGUUGCAAAGGCUCUCGGACUCGACCCAGAGAAGAGCAACGUCGACGGUGGAGCGAUCGCCAUCGGACAUCCUCUGGGUGCCUCUGGAACGCGCAUCACUGCCCACCUGGUGCAUGAGCUGAGGCGACGAGGAGGCAAGUACGCCGUUGGCUCUGCCUGCAUCGGUGGAGGUCAGGGCAUCGCCAUCAUCAUCGAAAACUGCUGAUGGACAGAGCUGCCCGGCUGCGGGACAACACCUGUAGAAAAAUGCUCCACUCACACCGUCCUUUCUCAUAAAGUAAAAUAGGGCUACUACACCCUGAAGAUAUUUCUUUGGAAAUUAGGGUCUGAGCAGCUGAUCAGUUUCUUCCAAGCAAGACAAAUAAAUUAUCUUUUUUUAGUUCACUCAUUACUUACCUCAUGUCAGUUGAUUUAAAUAUGAUUUUAAAUCUUCCGACUCCUCCGAAGAUAAAUAACUAAUUCUGGACUGUACCUUUGUGCUCGUAGCACUCCGCUGAAGAGACUGUUCUGUAUGUGCCUACAAUGCAGUGGUACUGUUAACACGGCCCGUUCUUUGCCUUAAGAUGCUCUCCAUCACUCUGCUUUGGGUUCAGUGUUGCCAGAACCUGCAGCGCAAGUAACGUCUACGCUUUUGUACUUCACCGUGGAAGCAUCCCCAGUCAAAUUUGAAAAUAAAGAAAUGAUUUUA